UGAAAAAGAUUGCAUUUUUAUUUUAUUAUUGUCUUCUUCUCUCUUCCUUUCUCCUCCCCGUCUUCCCAUUGCGAUGAGAAGCGAGGAGAGAUAGAGAGAGAGAGAGAGAGGUGGUCAAAGGGGGAACAGUAGGUAGAACCGGUCGUGGUGGUCCUUUCUCCAUCUCCCACCUGCCCAACCUUCACAGCUCGUCCUUAAUUCCUCCCCAAAGUUCGCAAACUUUCUCCAAGUUCGCAUCUUCCGGAAACUUUCAAGUGUUGCAAUCCAUUUUUACUGCUUGUUCCAGUGAUUCCCGCGUUCGGCGCCCUUUUUGGGUCCCGGCGAUGGCGACAAAUUCGUCCCGAGUUCUAUAAAGCGACUUCCUCUUCAUCCCCUGGCUUAUUUUGUUGAGAUUUGACGCAAAGAUCGUAUCUUGCUUUUGCCUUUGUUGAAUCCGCUGAUUUGUUCGGAAAAGGCCAAUUUUUUGGCUCCGUCCUUGAAGGAAAAGCUUCAAAGAAUUCGGAUCUUUAGGCUGCGGAAUCGCGAUGGGAAACUGCUGUGGCGCUCCUGCGGAUCCGGAGAAGAAGGGGGCACGGAGAAAGAAGAAGGAGAAGAAGCCGAAUCCGUUCUCGAUCGAAUACAACCGCGGGCCAACCCCUACCCUCGUCGUCCUCAAGAACCCCACCGGCCGCAAUAUCGGCAGCCGGUACAAGCUCGGGCAGGAGCUCGGCCGCGGCGAGUUCGGCGUCACCUACCUCUGCACCGAUACGGCCACGGGCGAGCGCUUCGCCUGCAAGUCCAUCUCCAAGAAAAAGCUGCGCACCGCGGUGGACGUCGAGGACGUGCGGAGGGAGGUGGAGAUCAUGAGGCACUUGCCGAACCACCCCCACGUGGUCAGCCUCAAGGACACGUACGAGGACGACGCCGCUGUCCACCUCGUCAUGGAGCUCUGCGAGGGAGGUGAGCUCUUUGAUCGGAUCGUCGCCAGGGGGCAUUACACUGAACGCGCGGCCGCCGGAAUCAUGCGUACCAUCAUUGAAGUCAUUCAGGAGUGCCACAAGAAUGGAGUUAUGCACCGGGAUCUUAAACCUGAGAACUUCUUGUUUGGGAACAAAAGGGAAAAUGCCCCAUUGAAGACGAUUGACUUCGGGUUGUCUGUGUUUUUCAGACCUGGUGAGCGCUUUAACGAAAUUGUCGGCAGUCCUUAUUAUAUGGCACCAGAGGUUCUAAAGCGAAAUUAUGGACCUGAAGUUGAUGUCUGGAGUGCAGGUGUUAUCUUAUACAUCCUUCUUUGUGGGGUGCCUCCAUUUUGGGCAGAAACUGAACAAGGUGUUGCCCAAGCAAUUCUUCGUUCUAACGUAGAUUUUAAAAGAGAACCAUGGCCAAAGGUUUCUGAUAGCGCUAAAGACCUCGUGAGGCAUAUGCUUGAGCCGGAUCCUAAGAAGAGGUUGACUGCUCAGCAAGUUCUUGAUCAUACAUGGCUGCAGAAUGCAAGUAGAGCUCCUAAUGUUAAUCUGGGUGAAACUGUACGAGCAAGAAUGCAGCAGUUCUCUGGGAUGAACAAGCUUAAAAAGAAAGCUCUACGGAUUGUGGCUGAAUAUCUCUCUGUCGAGGAAGUUGCAGACAUAAAGGAAAUGUUUGAGAAGUUGGACAUCAAUCAAAAUGGAAAAAUAACCUUUGAGGAGUUGAAACUUGGUUUGCAUAAACUUGGUCACCAAAUUUCUGAUUCAGACGUGCAGAUAUUAAUGGAAGCAGCUGAUGUCGAUGGAAGUGGCACCCUAAACUACGGAGAAUUUGCUGCUUUAUCGAUCCACUUGCGCAAGAUUGGAAACGAUGAACACCUGCACAAAGCAUUUUCACACUUUGAUCAGAACAAGAGUGGAUACAUAGAAAUUGAAGAACUCAGCGAUUCCUUGGUCGACGACUUGGGUCCAAACCGCGAAGAAGUUAUCAACGCUAUCAUUCAGGACGUAGACACAGACAAGGAUGGAAGAAUAAGCUACGAGGAAUUCGCAGCAAUGAUGAAAGCCGGCACGGAUUGGAGGAAAGCAUCGAGGCAAUACUCGAGGGAGCGGUUCAGUAACCUCAGCUCUAAGCUGAUGAAGGAUGGAUCUCUGCAGCUGAUAAGCGGGGCCAGAUAAAACUGAAACAAGAACAAGCACAAAACUACAUAUUUCUAGAAUUGUUGAUCCUUCCAUUUUCCUUGUGGCUUUGCAACAUUCUUUCGAGCUGUACUUCUCUUUGCCGACCCGACCGACCGACGACACCGAUGUAAAAUUUACGAGGAACAUAGAAGUAAGGUAUUCGCUAUUCGCUGUGUACAUAAAGGUAUUCUCUCCACUUCCUGUGUGACUGAAACAAAGUUUCUAAUUCGUGUGUAUCUUUAAAUUUGUUAAGCAAGCAAGUUGUUUCCAA